AUGGUAGAACAGCAGCGAGCACCGAAAAAUAACACGCGACGCAAGUCUGAGACUCCGAAGAUAGUGGUGUGUCCACCAGUGGAAGAGGUGACAGAACCGAUGAGCGCUCCCCGUGGGGGGCUACUUAAAGCUCUAGCCAGUCGGCUUACUCGAAGAAACAACGAUUCUGAUUCAGAGGGCAGUUCGAGUAGCAGCGACAGUGGUGAAAAUGGACGCAAUGACGAUCGCUCGUCGUGCUCCAUUAGUGAUUCCGGAAGCGACGGAUCAGAACAGCGCCGCAGACAUCGCUCCGUAGUGGCAUUACGUCGUGUCUUCCAAAGUCUAAGCUUGACAUCACGCUCUCAGUCCUGUUCACCGAAGAAAAGAUCGCGCCAGGCUAAGAAACAAACACAGCCAAAGAUAAUCCUUCGUCCACCCGUGACCUACACAUAUGUACGUGGACUCUCCGGGUUGCCAACACAAAGGGUACCGCGACAAGCAAUGUACUGCAACACACUUGGUCUUAAUCGAUAA